GCAGCAGCAGCACAAACACAAGCAGCCGCAGCAGAGGCAGCAACGGCGCAGCAACAACAAAAAAAGGCACAGCAUAAUGGAGUAGCCGCAGCUGCGUCGCUGCGCUGCGCAACAGACGACACGGACGAAUCCGAUGAGGACUCUGAGUCUGAACUAGAUAUUGAAGAAGAAGACGACAUUUUGCUCGGCGAUGCCGACGAUGAUGAUGUUGUGCUGCAAAUUGACAGUGAGGAUGAGGCUGAGUUGGAAGCGCAGCGCAUACGCUUGGAUGAUUUGAAGGCCGCUGCCGCAGCUGCAAAGUCGCAGGUCAGUAACGGUAAAGACGUGACUGCGACUGCGACGCAGCAGAAACAAAAGCAGCAGCAGCAGCAGCAAGAACAAAAACACAAACAAAAACAACAACAGCAACAACAACAGAAGCAGCAGCAGCAGCAGGCGCCGCAGCCAGCGACGCGAAAGCCGCGUGGGCGGCCACCCGGCAGCACAAAUAAAAACAACAACAAAAAUCAGCGAAAUAAAAACAAACGCAAAAACACAAACAGCGCCUGCGUCAGCCUGUUCCCCUCUCCAGCUGCAGUAACUGUUCCCACCACAGGUGCUGUACCCACUCCAGUAACUGUUCUCCCCACAAUUGCAGCUACUAUUCCAUCACCUGUCACAGCUGUUGUUCCCACUCCUAGUACAUCUGCUGUUCCCACUCCUACUACAGAUGUUGUUCCCACUCCUAGUACAGGAACUGUGUCCACUCCUACUGCAGCUGUGCCCACUCCUACUGCAGCUGCUGUUCCAACUUCUAUUACACCUGCUGUUCCCUCUCCUGCUGCUGUUCCCACACCCAUCGUAAUCGCCCAAAUACACGCGGAUGAGAAGGCGCAUCGCUUCAUUUUUAGCUGCGUCAGCUGCUCGCUGCUCUACGGCGAUGCCGAGUCCCUCUCCCAGCAUUGGCACAAAACACACAAUCAGCAGGUCAAAGCCACACCGUCAGCUGCGGAUCAAAUAAAGCUGGAGCCGCCUUUGGAACUCAACGAUGACAUCAAAUUGACCGACUUGAAGUGCUGUGCUCAACUUUGGCUAACGGAGGAGACGUCCAAGCAGCAACUGCGCUGCGCCAGCUGCAGUGAGCAGUUUAAGCUGAGCAAGGAGCUGCAACUGCAUCUGGGCAAGGAGCAUGGCAUCUUCAAGCUGUUGGUGCCGAAACGUGAGCCAAGCGAACCAAUGGUGAGCAUACCAUGCGAAGUGGGCAGCUCAUUGCAGCCACUGGAGCUGCCGGAGACGCCGCCGCCCGAGAAGGAGGCAGCGGACAAAGAUGAUCUCGCAAUGAUAUCCGCCAUGGUGGCGGAGAUAGCGGCAGAGCGCAAUCCUAAGGUUAACAAAAUGAUCAUCAAGUUGCCCUCGGUGGGCAAGCAGCGAGGACGCAAGCGCAAGAAGAAAGAACAACCAAAGCCAGAGGAGGAAGUAGAGGAAGAGCAGCCGGAAAGCAAACGCAAGCGAGGACGCAAGGUGCAGAAGGCAGUGCAGCCAGAGAAGACACCGGAAGAGGAAGAGAAGCAGGAAGAUAAUCAGGACAAGAAUCAAGAAGAGAAGCAGGAAGAGAAACAAGAAGAUCAGCAGGAAAAGCAGCCCGAGGAGCAGCCAGAGAAUCAGCUAGAGAAGCUAGCAAAGGAGUUGCAGCCAGAGAUCAAAGAGGAAUUAGAACCACGACGUCCGCGCAAGUCCCGCGCUUUUGUCGACUAUGUCGUAGAUGUGAAGGACGAAGAAGAUGAUGACGACGGGGACGAUGAUGAAGAAGAUGAUAAAGACAGCGAUUCGGAUGUGGAGACACCUCACAAUAGUUCGACAGACGACAGUCAUGGCACGCCAUCGAUUAAGCGUGAAUCUUCGGAGGAAUCGCAGCGCAAUGGCGGCACCAUUCACACCUGCAACUUUUGCAGCAAGACCUUUCAGCGUUUCUCUCGGCUGCAGGAUCAUCUGCGUCUGCACACGGGCGAGAAGCCGCACGUCUGUGGCGAAUGUGGACGAGCGUUUCGCCUGAAGAUGCGUCUUGCCGAGCAUCAGUUGCGCCAUCGCACCGAGAAGGCAUUCAAGUGUGAGCUCUGCGAUCGUCCGCUGGCCACCAAGCAGGAUAUGUCACUGCACAUGCGUCACCACAAGAACGAUCGUCGCUACAAGUGCGAUCGCUGUGGGAAGGGAUUCGUGCGCAGCUCGGAUCUGGCCAUUCAUGUACGUGUCCACACGGGCGAGAAGCCCUACAGCUGCGAUCUGUGCGGCAAAGCGUUUCGUGCUCGCCAGAAUCUCGUCGUGCAUCGACGCACCCAUCUGGGUGACAAGCCAAUUCAAUGCGAGCUGUGCGACAAGCGUUUCUCCCGCAAGAUCGAUAUGCGUGUCCACAUGCGUCGACAUACAGGUGAGAAACCCUUCAGCUGCAAUGCCUGCCAACGUGGCUACUCCUCGCGUGUUAAUCUGCAGCGUCAUCAGCAACGUGAGCAUGGCGGCAAGGCUUCAAGUGAGCCAAAGGUGGAGGAGCCAGCGACUGAGGAGGUCAAGGCAAAGCCGGAGACACGGCGUCCGCGACGCGAGAAGCUGCAGGAGAAGAUUGCCGAGCAGGAGAAACUGUUGGACGAACUCAAGCGCAGUCUGAGCACGUUGCCCGAAAUUGCCGAGGAAACAAAGGAAGUGAACGCCGAGGGCAAAGUGAAUAUGACAGAGUUGGCUGCGGAUGCUGGCGCAGGCAGAGAGACGAGCGUGGGCAUGGCACAAGUGUCGGUGACGGUGUCCAUGCAAGUGGAGCCCGCUAAGCCCGAUGACGAUGAGGAGAUCACGCCGGAGAAGGAGAAUGCACGUCAGAGCGGCUCCACAUCGGACGCCGUGUCGAGCAGUGGAAAGACGAAGACUAAUCGCAAGAUAACGAGCUAUUUCACGGUCGUUGGCCAGCAGGCGGAAAUCUAAAAAGACUUAUCGAGACCAAUUACAAGAGCCAAUUCAAUUCACUUCAAUUAACAAUUAACAAUUCAAUCAAAUCCAAUCCAAUACAAAUUUCUUACUCAUUAGCUUAAGUUGCCGCUGUACUUGAAAUUCUGUAGCCUAGGAUGAACCUCGCAGACCAGCAGAAGAUUUCAUUUUCUAUAUAAGAUUUUCAAUUUUGCAGGGAUUAAGUAUUCUCUCUAUAUAUAUAUGUAUAGACUAUACUAUAUAAAUCGGUAUAGAUACCGAUUAAUUUUUGAAUGAACAAGCAUUAAGCAUAAUUAAUUACUUUUUUUUGCAUUUGCAUUUAAUUAACUUUAACGAACAGAAAAGACUACGUUUUAAAAGCAUUAUUCAUACGGAAACAAAAACGCGAAACGAAAGAAAAACACUAAAAGAGACUGCAAAGAAAAAGUUUAUAAUUAUAUUGUACACAGAAAGCAUUUGAUAAAUGUAAUAUUGUGAAUAUUAAUAAGUUCAAUUUGAAGCAUGUAAUAGAAGGAUGAGGAUAUCGCAAGGUUAUCCUUAAGCACAACUGUACUUCUAACACAAAAUUGUAAUUGAUUUCAAUUGAAAAUGUAACCAUUAUUAAAUUGCCAGUCAUGAAUUAUGCAA